AUGUCUCAAGCACAACAGCGCCUCUCCCAGGUCUCCUCGCACCUCUCUUCCCCCAAAGCCGCCUCCAACAUCCUCUCCAAAAACCCAGAUGACAUCGUCGUGACCGCCGCCCUGCGCACCCCCUUCACCAAGGGCGGAAAAGGCGGUUUCAAAGACACCGCCGCUGCGGACUUGCUGGUGGGCGCAUUCCAAGGCCUCAUCAAGCGCAGCGGCAUCGAUCCCAAACUCGUUGAAGAUAUUGCGGUCGGAUCGGUGUUGCCCCCUGGUGGAGGAGCCACUGAGUUCAGAGCUGCGGCGCUCGUUGCUGGAUUCCCCGAGUCAACUGCUGUGCGGAGCUUGAAUAGGCAGUGUUCGAGCGGAUUGCAGGCCGUGACUGAUAUUGCGAAUGCCAUCAGGGCCGGCCAGAUUGAGGUUGGUGUUGGUGCGGGUGUGGAGAGUAUGAGUUUGCAAUAUGGACCCGGCGCAGUCACAGAAUUCUCCGACCUCCUCGAAAACCACAUGCAAGCCGCAAACUGCAAAGUGCCCAUGGGCGUCCUGUCCGAAAACAUGGCCAAAGACCGCAACAUCUCGCGCACCGAGCAAGACGCUUUCGCCGCCUCAUCGUACCAAAAGGCCAUCAAAGCCCAAAAAGCGGGCCUAUUCGACGAAGAAAUUUACCCCUUGACGGUGAAAUGGACAGACCCCAAAACCGGCGAUGAGAAGACCAUCACCGUCAAGGCUGACGACGGUGUCCGAGAGGGAAUCACACCGGAGUCUCUGGCCAAAAUCAAGCCUGCGUUUGCCAAGGAUGGAAGUAUCCAUGCCGGUAACGCGUCGCAGGUCUCCGACGGCGCUGCCGCAGUGUUGCUCAUGAAGCGCUCCACAGCCGAGCGACUGGGUCAAAAGAUCAUUGGCAAGUUUGUGACGGCCAGCAUCGUGGGUGUUGAGCCUCUACUUAUGGGUAUUGGACCAUGGAAAGCUAUCCCCGUCGCACUCGAAAAGGCUGGAAUCUCCAAGGAUGAUGUAGACAUUUACGAAAUCAACGAGGCUUUCGCGUCGCAAUGCGUCUGGUGCGUGAAGGAAUUGGGCUUGCCCUUCGAGAAGGUGAACCCCAAGGGUGGCGCGAUUGCCUUUGGCCAUCCGUUGGGAUGCACCGGCGCCAGACAGGUUAGUACCCUGUUCACGGAGCUGAAGAGGACGAAUAAGAAGAUUGGUGUUACGAGCAUGUGUAUUGGAACAGGAAUGGGUAUGGCUGCUGUUUGGGUUGCUGAAUAA